AUGUUCGGCUGCUUGGUGGCCGGCCGCCUGGUGCAGACCGAUGCGGUCCAGGUGGCCCCUGACAAAUUCGUCUUCACCCUCUCGGAAUACGAGAGCGUCAACCAUGUGGUGGUGUUCAUGCUGGGCACCGUGCCGUUCCCCGCCGGCAUGGGCGGCGCGGUCUACUUCUCCUUCCCGGACCCGGAGAGCGGCGGGCCGGUGUGGCAGCUGCUCGGCUUCAUCGCCAACGACAAGCCGAGCGCCAUCUUCAAGAUCUCGGGCUUGAAGGCGGGCCAGGCCGGGGGGGCGCACCCCUUCGGCACCGUGGCCUCGGCCGCUCCGUCCGUGGCGCAGGUCGGCGUGUCGGUGGAGCCGCUGGAGCAGCUGGCCCAGCAGACGCCGGUGUCGGGGGCGGCGGCGUCCACCGCGGACACGCUGCGGCUGUUCACGCAGAAGAUGUUGGACAGUUUGUACAACUUCGCGUCGUCGUUCGCCGUGACGCAGGCGCAGAUGACGCCCAACCCCAGCGAGACCUUCGUGCCGUCCAGCUGCAUCCUCAAGUGGUACGACAACUUCCAGAGGCGCAUGAACCAGAACCCCAACUUUUGGAAGAACUCAACUUGAACACAUCACCAGCAAAAUCGCUUGACGUAUUUUCACACCCAAUGUAUUCGACCUAAUGUGCCAAAAGGAGACGGACGGACGAGUUCGGCGAGAGUUCGACUCUCUACGUGUGUCAAAUCCAAAGUCAAUGCUGAAUCAUGGAAUUCCUUUUCCAAAUAUAUUUGGGCCCAAGCACACUGUGCGAACGCCCUCUUGAACUUC